AUGUUGAAUCAUCAUCAACAUCUCAAUGCUCGAUUGUUUAGCUCAACCCGAGGUGUAUUGGAAUCAUCAUCCCGAGUGGAAAGUAUUCCUACAAAGAAACCAGUGAAUAGGCUCUCCACCAAGUUUACUCCUUUCGUUAGAAAAUCUGCACAAGAAUACCAAAAAGAUGUUUCAGAUAGUAUUGAAAGUCAUAAAGCACUAGUGGAAGGCGGAUAUAUUAAACAAAUUUCAUCAGGAGUUUAUACUUUUUUGCCAUUGGGAACCAAAGUUUUAGAGAGACUCAUUGCUGUAAUUGACAAGUCAUUGCAAAAGGUUGGCUGUGAAAAGAUCAUUAUGCCUUCAUUACUUCAACAAGAAUUAUGGGAAGAAACAGGAAGAUGGCAAAGUGCUGGAAAAGAGUUAUUCAGACUCACAGAUAGAAAGGAUCACAAGUAUUGUUUAGCUCCAACUCAUGAAGAAUGUGUUACUGAUGUGGUCAGAUCUCUUGUUAAUUCUUACAAACAGGUGCCUUUAAGACUUUAUCAAAUCGGAGUGAAAUUUAGAGAUGAGUUGAGACCAAGAUAUGGCUUAAUGAGAGCUAAAGAAUUUUUGAUGAAGGACUUAUAUUCUUUUGACCUCGAUAGAGAGGGUGCCUACAAGGCCUAUGACGAAGUGGUAGGAGCAUAUAAGGAAAUAUUUGACUUGUUGGGAUUGGAUUAUGCUAUGGUAGAAGCUGACACAGGAAAUAUUGGUGGUGAUAAAUCACAUGAGUUUCAAGUUCUAUCAGAAGUUGGAGAGGAUUUUAUUUGCAAAUGUAAUUGUGAGCACAGAUACUCUGCAAAUAUUGAAAAAGGCGUUGGAGCUCCAUCAGACGCAUUCUCAACAAUUGAUAUUAAUUAUGCAACAGAAGUUAUGAAUUUUUCUACCAACUUUGACACACUCAUGCGAGUAUUGGAUGAGUUAUCUCCAGAGUUAGAUGCUUUUUAUACGUGCACCGAACCAGUGAAACAUGUACACGGAUCAAAAGAGGGAUACACAAGAACAGUUAUUGUUACUCGUAAGGGAGACGAGCCCAAUGAUAUCAAGGUUAAAGAUAUGAUCAAGUCUGUUGAAAAUGUAGAAAUUAAUCUUGCUGACAUUGUACCAAUGAACACUGUCAAAGACUCUAUCAAACAAAAGUCUAGCUCUAGAUUGAUUCUCAUGAUAGAUUCAUACGUCGAUCCAAAUAUAUUAGCAAAAUUCAACGUAGAAGGUGGAGGGGUUGUUGGUGUUAAAGCUGUUUUAAGAAAAGUUAAGCCCAAUGACAUUUGUAUUAGCAAUAAUCCAGGAUGCAAAAAUACCAACAUGACUAUCAAGAAGGGAAUUGAAAUAGGUCAUGUUUUUUAUUUGGGAAAAAAGUAUAGCGAACCCAUGAAAGUAUAUAUCGCAAACGACAAAGGAAAAAGAGAUUUUGCAGAAAUGGGAUGUUAUGGAAUUGGUGUUUCUAGAUUGUUCCAAGCAAUAGCAGAAACCCAUCGAACAGAGGCAGGUAUUUGCUGGCCAAUGAUUAUUGCUCCAUUUAGGGCUUCGGUCAUUCCUAUUGUCCCAACUGCAAACAUGCUUAAUAAUUGCUCACCCGAAGAGGUUGAAUCAAAACGACAACAGGUUAUUGAUGCGUCUGAAGAUAUUUAUCAUCAAUUGAAUUCUCUGAGCGCAUUUAAGGGAGAAAUAUUAUUUGACGAUCGUUUAAAGGAAAGACCGCCUGUGAAAAUGUUUGAUAUGGCUAGAUUUGGUGUACCCUAUGUAGUUGUGAUUGGAAAGGAAUUGUUAGAAUCAAAUGUUGUGGAGGUACAGGAUAGAGCUAAAAAUCUAAGCACAAAGAUGACUGUACCUGAGGCAGUCAAAUUCUUUGAACAAGUAUCUGCAAAAUUCGAAGAACAAAUGAGCAAAUUCUAA